AUGACUCCUAUUUCAUUUCCCCGGUUUUUUACGGUCGUUGUAUGGCUUUUGUUUUCUAAUGUGGCAUUUGCGCUCUCGGACUACGCGGAGCAGCUUCUCCUCCAACCUCUUCCUCCUUCGUCGCUGCUAGCUUCAUUUAGCUUCCGAAGUAAUGAGUCAAUUGAAGCAUUUCAACAGCAGAAUUUUAGAUAUUUUCCGCGCUCUUUAGGGCAGAUUCUCCAACACGCACAUACGACAGAGCUGCAUCUGCGCUUUACCACCGGCAGAUGGGACGCGGAAAGCUGGGGCGAGCGCCCAUGGCGUGGCUUCAAAGAAGGUGGGACUGGCGUUGAACUUUGGGCAUGGAUCGAGGCUGAAACCGAGAAUUUGGCAUUCGCGAAAUGGCUCACACUUACACAAUCUCUUUCUGGCUUAUUCUGUGCCUCGUUAAACUUUGUUGAUUCGACGCGAACGACCAAACCACAUCUUACAUUUCAACCAAGAGGAACCCAUUCGACUCCAAAACAACGUUUGCAUCUACUUCAUGGCACUUUACCAGGAGAAGUCAUUUGCACGGAGAAUCUGACGCCUUUUUUGAAACUACUCCCUUGUAAAGGGAAAGCAGGAAUCUCAAGCUUGCUAGAUGGCCAUAGACUCUUCGAUGCAGCAUGGCAAAGCAUGUCCAUCGACUUUUUGCCUGUCUGUUCUAGUGGCGGCAGAGAAUGCCACAUUGAGAUUGAGCAGUCUGUAGAUAUGGUAUUGGACAUUGAUAGGUCAAAAAGACCUAGAGAUAACCCUAUUCCACGUCCUGUUUCCGUGGCACAGCUUAUAUGUGAUCAGUCUAAAGCCCAUCACGAAGAAGAUACGUGCUAUCCCGUAGCUUCCACAGCCGCAAAGGAAUGGAGCCUAGUGGGAAUUUUCGGCCGUGCAAUCCCAACGCCAUGUCCAUUAUCGCAAGACGAGGCCCGUACUGUUUGUAUAAAGGUGCCGGCAGAACUGGAGGUCCUUACAACUGCCGGUGCCUUUGAGAUGAAAAAUCCGGAUGGUCUUUCUCGUUGCUAUACUCUCCUAGGAGAUAUCCCAUUUAAUCUUCAACUUCCAGCUCAAGAAUGGAACCUCCAGGUUCCCUUGACAGAGCCAGUACUACACGCUGAGAGAACAAUGAUCGGCCAUGGCCAAGAACAUGGUGGCUUAAGGUCUAUUUUGACCAACCCUUCGAAUACCACAGCUGUUGAUUUUGUUUACUUUGAAACUCUUCCUUGGUACAUGAAACCCUAUAUUCAUACCAUGAAAACAAAAAUAAAAAACCAAAGUGGAGAAACAUAUGACGUACCACCUGGGGAUAUUAUUAAAGAUGUAUUUUACCGACCAGGAGUCGAUCGGAAACGUGGAACCCAACUGGAGCUUGUCAUGUCUAUACCAGCUAGAUCGACGGUGACUCUUAUCUACGAAUUUGAGAAAGCCAUCCUUCGAUACACUGAAUACCCUCCCGAUGCCAACCGGGGGUUUAACGUGGUGCCGGCCGUGAUAAGGAUUCUUCACAACGGACUCGACACUAUCCAUCCCGUAUCUUCCCCGAUAUAUCUUCGCACCACCAGCUUGCUCCUUCCUUUACCUACCCCAGACUUUAGUAUGCCGUACAAUGUCAUUAUUCUCACUAGUACGGUUAUAGCAUUGGCUUUUGGAAAUAUAUUUAACCUUCUUGUUCGUCGAUUCGUUGGUGCAGAGGAAGCACCUCCAUCAGGCCUCAGAGGGAUUGUUCAAGGUGGUAUUCUGGUCUUGAAAGACAAAUUCCAAGAGAAAAAAAGAAAAACUGAAUAG